GAAAAAUCCCCCACCCACCAAAAGCGACCCCCAACGAAACCCUAAAUCCGGAAAAGAUUUCAAGCGGGAGAUUCCCAACUUCGAUUUUCGAUCCCCUUCCGCUUCGGAAAUCUGCUUCGAUUCCUGCUCGCGCUCCUUGGGUUCCCGUGAAUUCGCGCGGAAAAGCUCCGAAUUCGUGCCGGCGUCGCGGGAUCGAAGCUCCGAGCAACCCCCCAUUGGUGGAGCCUUGUCGAAGCCGUUCGACGGGUUCGGGAGCUGGGACGGCGUCUUGAGGUUGGGAGGAGCGAGCGGGACGGAAGGUGCGAGCUGCUCAGGCGCCCGGGAUCCAUGCCAAAGAUUAAUCAUGGAUCCUGAAGGCAAGAAGUUUGGAAGUGGGCUUAGGGAACUCACCGGUGCCAUAGAUCUUAUCGGUCACUUCAAGUUGUUGCCCCACUAUGAUUAUUUCUGCAAGCGGACACUACCUUUGUCAAUAUCUGAUACCCCCUACCUUCGCAAUGUUGUGGGUGAUAAGACAAUUAGAAAAGGAGAGGGGAUGCAAUUGGACCAACUUAUGCAGAAUACAUCUUAUUCUCAAGGAUCCAAUGUGCACAUACAGCCUUUCGACCUUGAGAUUCUCAGAGAUGCUUUUCAACUGAAGGAAACUGCACCUGUUGAGCUUCCUCCAGAGGAAAAAGGCAUACCGACAAUUGCAGGAAGAUCAAAAAGUGAAUCAAAAGACAAAGAUAGAAAGCAUAAGAAGCACAAAGACAGAGAUAAGGAGAAGGAUAGAGAACAUAAGAAGCACAAACACCGUCAUAAAGAUCGAAGUAAAGAUAAGGAAAAGAAGAAGGAUGGGAGUGGACAGCAUGAUUCUGGAGUUGAUCCUUCAAAGAAGCAGAGUGAAAAGAAAAGGAAGCAUGACGAAGAUGAAAAUCUUAAUGACAUCCAGAAGCAUAAGAAAAGCAAGCAUAAGAGUUCAAAACUUGAUGAGGUUGGUGUGAUAAAGGUUGCUGGCUGAGAAUGUGGCAUGCUGUUGCUCAAGUAUUAGUCUUUAGAUGUUAACAGCAGCUUGGAGGGAUUUUAUUCCUAUCAGAUUACUUGAGGUCAAAUGUCGGUGGGCAGGAGUAUAACCUGCAGACGACAGAGAUUGCCGGAAAACGGACUCUGUUUUUAAAGGAGGGCUUUGUAGAUCUCAUGUGCUCUCCUCACUCUUUGUGGCUAAUUCGACGUCGAAGACUCAAAAUUUUUUACAUUUAAUUAUCUGUUUAGGAGAUGCUUAGUGCUGUGAAUAGAUCAUCAGCUUUUUGGACUGAUGAAUAGGAUUUGGGGAUAAGAGGGGAUGUUGUGCAUGCUUUUAUCUUUCCCCUUAUGUUGAUGUAAAUGACUCUACGUCUCGUCAAUUGUUGGCAACUUGUAUAUGUGAGGUCUUAUGGUGGCAUGUCAUCAAAUGAACUAUUCAUUUUUGUAA